AUGUUUUCCAAAAAACGUAAAGUUGACAAUGAAAACAGAAAGUUACUGGCUGAGUGGACCGAACAAUAUUUUUUUACACUUCCAGUAAGAGCUGGAGCCGUUCCAGUUUGUCUCAUAUGCAACAGUACAGUUGCUGUCGUUAAAUGUGCUAAUUUAAAGCGUCAUUAUGAUACAAUGCAUAAAGAUUUUGAAAAAAAAUUUCUUCUUGACAGUACAGCGCGUAAAGAUAAGCUCCAAGCAUAUCUCUUGUCUUAUAAAAAUAGUACGACUAUGUUAGUAAAAAGUAUGAGUGGGCAAGAAAAGUCAAUAGAAGCAGCAUUGCGUGUUUGCUGGACGUUAAAUAAGCACCAAAAGCCAUUUACAGACUCAGAAAUUGUAAAAGAGUGUAUGUUGGAAGUAGCCACUGCACUUUUUGAAGAGAAAAAUGACAUAAUUAAUGCUAUUCAAAAUAUUCCUCUAUCAGCAAGAAGCAAUACAAGAAGAACAGAACUAUUGGCCGAUGACAACAAAAAUAAUUUAAUUCACAUUUUACUGAUGGCUCCUUGCUACGCUAUUGCAAUAUGA